ACUCGCAUGCGGCACUUUGCUACGCGUGGAGGCUGCCAAAUAGGGGCACCAGGUCCUUCUAUAUUGCGUCUUAGUGUUGCCCUCGCUGCUGUGCAACGGCACGCCAUCGCUGCCGCGGCAAUAGUCCUCAUUCGUCGCUACACAGCUCGACACUCGUCUGCUGACAGUGCUGUAGUUAGCGCUGCGCGGGCGAGUAAGCCGUCAGCCCUUGCCAGGGUACAGCCGGCUGGAGGCUUUCACCAUGCGAGUGCUGUGGCUCCUCACAUGCGUGCUGACGUUCUUCAGCGCAGCUGGCAUGUUCGAAAGCGACGCGCUGAGGACUUUGGGCUUGCGUAAGGGCGCCACACCCGAAGAGAUAAAGAAGGCGUACAAGCGUUUGGCCCGCGAGCACCACCCGGACAAAGGAGGUGAUAGUAAUGAAUUCAUCAAGAUCCACGACGCCUACGAGAGCCUUUCGCAGCCGGGCGGCGCGAGCAAGCCACCAGCGGGCACGCCGCCCGAGGAGGCCUUGUUCGCAGCGCUAUUCCGCUUCGAAGAAGAAUUUGGCGACGCGUUCAAAGGAUACGGCGAGCACAUCGCCAAGGCCUGGUCGAACGCGACGCUCCUCGAGCAAUCGCUGAAGCAGUCCGUGGAGCGAGCCUGGCCGACGAGCCCUGGCGAAUCCUACGCGGUGCGGAUCAAGCGGUCGCUCCUCAAGAGCUCCAUGUCUUGGCUGGUAUGGACCCUGUCGAAGCUUGAUUUAGAACACAUCAUGAAGAAGGUCGGCGACCACGUCGGCCAGGGGAACGUGCGCUUUACGGUUAACGGGAGGCGCGUGGACCCGGCCGAGGUGCGGAGGCGCUACGCGGCGUACGCGAAGCGGCGGAGGGACGAACUGUAAGACGCGCGAAGCGGCGGAGAGACGAACUGUAAGAAUGUUGUCGAUGUAAGGAGGCUUAGUAGUAGUAGUCCCCGCUUGGUCGGGGAUCAGCCCAGCGCGCCUCUU